AGAAACUGGAUAAUUCAAACUUGCUUCGGUCAUUUCUCCAAAACCACCGGUUGCAACUCUCCUGAAUCGCAAAAUGAAUAAAUGCUGAGAACAUGAGAAUUCAUCCCCUACCUUCCUUUUUUUUCCGAGUGUUUUGUCUCGCCUCUCCAGCGGCCGUUGCAGAAUGCCGCUUCGCCGCCUUUCGAUGAGGGGGAGCCGGGCUGAGGGCUCACCUGGGGGGUGCGCGCCCCAAAACCCAGCCUGAGAAAAAGGCUCAAGCCACUGGGGACUCGGGGAAGCUCCACACCUUGCCAUGAACGGGCCGGGAGCCCGGGACAACGCCGCUCCCGCUGGCAUCGCAGCCGGAUGGCCAGGCAGACGCCUCCCGCCAGGCCACCAGCCCCAUGGCCAGCGGCCGGUGUUGAUCCAGAGUCCUCGGGGCGGCACCGGCCACCCGGACCCCACGGAGGUGUUUCGCGUCACCACACACCUGAGGAACAUCGACGGGAAACUUCAGGACUUCCGCGAGCUCUUCCGAAAAGGAGAAGUUAUCUCAGCUUCCAUUGAAGGCAAACUGGCAGAGUUACUGCAAGCCGUCUCCUCCUUCCUGAACACGUAUCCUGCUUUGCCCGGGGAUGCCGUCCAGCCUGCCGUAGCAACCCUCAUCGCCAGCGUCAAGGGUCUCGACAAUCAAGAGAGGACACCUGAAAAUAGGAAGCGGUACAGUGAGAUAUUCCGGAGCCUGGAUGCCAUUGAAAUCUCCAUUGGAAACACGACAGUUGACAUGUUCAUCGGUGACGCUGACAGCACCGACGACCCAGAGCCGAUCGCAGAAAGCGAGGUCAUUCCGUUGAGCCAAAGUUUCUGCAAGAGCAAAAACAGUUCAGAGAGGCAAGUGCCGGAUGCCGUAACAGUUCAGGAGGCAGACGAAAUGCUGAUAAAAUGCGAAGGCGGCAUCGACGCGGCCCUCGAAUAUGCCAAGAUGUGGUGUAAAUACGUCAAAGAGCUGCUCAGCUGGAUCGAAAAGCGUCUGAGCUACGAGACGGAGUUUGCCAAAGGGAUCGUGAAGAUCGCAGAAGCGGGACGCAACGCCAUCUCCCAGCAGCACAACAUGCCCCUCUGCGCACUCUACAGAAUGGUCCUGGAACAUGACAUAAAGGUUGGAAAUUCAGCCAGCGAGACGGCGGGAUUGCUCCAACAGAAGGAAUUCUACCAGCCUCUGUCAGCCAAGAAGAAUGAAAUUGAGAAGUGGAGGAAAGAAUUCAAAGAUCAGUGGACAAAGGAGCAAAAGAGAAUGAACGAAUCCUUGUCAUCCCUGCGCAAGUCCCGCUUGCAAUACCUACAGCGCUGCGAGGAGCUGGAGAAGGCAAAGCACCUGAGUGCCAAGGCGGAGGACGAAUACCAGAGCGUGGCCACCACCAACCCCGGCAGCGCCAACAAGCAGCUGGAGAAGCGACGCCGUUCUUGCGAGGAGGCACAAGCCAAGGUUCAGGAAGCAGAAGCUUUGUACAAGAUGUGCAUCAGCGACGCCAACUUUCGACGCCAAGAACUGGAGAAAGUCCGAGCACGGAUCGUCUCCCAUAUUCGGAAGCUUAUUUACCAAGGGGACGAGGUGCUGACAUGGGCCACUUUGCGGAUGUUCAAGCAGCGGCAGACACAGUCAGAACAGAUUCCAGUGGGAUACCAGUACCUGUCUGAGGCCUGCAAGCCAUACAAAGCCGGCGAGAAAUACCUGGAAUUCAUUCAGGCUCUGCAGAAGAAAGACAUUCAUAUGGAAGUGUUUGAGUUCGAGCCACUCGCUUCUGGAGGGCAGAGGUCCCCUCCCAGCAGCAGAAAGAAGGUGGCAUUGCAUUACACCGGACCCUCUUCCGCAGCGAAGGACGCGAGCACGCCAGAGGAGACGGCCAGGAAGCAGUUCCCCACAAACGGUGAACAGAGUGCGAACAAAUCCCUCUGCAGCGACACAGAAAGCCUGGGUGGGAGCUAUGAAUCCCGAUCCCUGGACUCUCCCAAUUCUAGCCCAGGCAACUCUACUAGGAAGUUGUUGAAAGCUCCAUCCACCGGCACCAUGUCCUCCUCGGAUGAUUUUGAAGAGAGAGAUUCCUUGCAGACUUUCGAAAACGAAAACGGUACAUCCCAGCAGCAGUUCAAGAACAUCCUCCUCUCCAGCGCAGCGCAGACCCACCGGCUCAGGAAGCUGCGGGGUCCAUCCAAGUGCAGGGAGUGUGACACCUUCAUGGUCAGCGGCUUCGAGUGCGAGGAGUGCUGCCUGGCCUGCCACAAGAAGUGUCUCGAGAACCUGCUCAUCACCUGCGGCCACAAGAAGCUGCCCAACCGAGCACCCCUUUUUGGCAUUGACUUCACGCAGGUUCCUCGAGAUUUCCCAGAGGAAGUUCCCUUCAUAGUGGUGAAAUGCACCUCGGAAAUUGAAGCCCGUGCCCUCGGGGUGCAGGGGAUCUAUCGGAUAAGCGGAUCCAAAGCCCGGGUGGAGAAGCUAUGCCAGGCGUUCGAGAACGGACGGAGCCUGGUGGAGCUCUCCGAGCACUCCCCCCACGACAUCACUGGCGUCCUGAAGCAUUUCCUGAAGGAACUUUCGGCACCGGUGCUGCUGUCCCAGCUCUAUAACGACCUCAUUGCGCUCGCCAAAGAUUUGCAAAAACCCGGGGAGGAAAAGUGGGACUGCGCGGGCUUCCCUCCGGAUCCCAUCCAGAGCAUGAAGGACUUGCUGAGCAAAUUGCCUGGAAGCAACUACAACACUCUGCGGCACCUCAUCGCACACCUGUACAGGGUGGCAGAGAAAUACGAAGAGAACAAGAUGUCCCCAAACAACCUGGGCAUAGUAUUCGGGCCAACUCUGAUCCGGCCAGGCUCGGGGAGCGACGUCUCAAUGUCAUGCCUUGUUGACUCCGGGUAUCAAGCCCAGAUUGUGGAGUUUCUCAUUCAGAACUACGAAAGGGUGUUUGGGAUGGAUGACCUGCCUUCAUCCUUAUCCCUCGGAUGUGAAAAUCCUUUGCCAGAAGCAUCGACAGAAAAGGAGGAAGGACCUCAGAGCCCAAACACAAGCCAGAAUGUAACUCUAGAGAAUUUCCCCUCCAAGCACGGUUUAAACACGGACUGUGCGUCUGAUAACUCGUCUUCCAGGGAAGCCAUCAAUGAGCUGACUCUGGAGGGAGCCCACAGUCCGGGGAGCGUGGACGCCCCAGACAUGAGCGCAGGUGUUGGCUCUGAGCUGGAGGAGCUGGAGGACCCCGCGCAGGAAAAGACCGACAGCGAUUCGGACACGGUCCCAGGGACCCAGCCCAGUUUGCCCUUGAGGACCACCGCGUUAGCCAACGUGGCAAUGGAGUCUGGCGCAGAAGGCAACCCGACUGACAGCAGCUCCAAGACAAAGGAUGUCCUGGAGGAGAGCAGUAGGAGCAGGAACAGCUCGAGCGACACAAGCACGGUCAAGCCGCGCUCGGGAGGGAGACAGCAGCUCAAACAUUUUGAGAUCACGCAGGAAACCGCCAGGAUUGUCUCAAAGUUUAAAGUCGACGACACUUCCACAUCCCCUGAGCCUUCUCCGGAGAGCACGGGAUCGACGGAGAAAACAGAAGACCUCAACCCAGGGACGUACCUAUAGGAAAAACCUGAAGAAUAAUGGCUAACGGCAACGGAAAGUGAGACAGGACUGAAAUCCCACGCCUGCCGAAUGAAGGAACAUGAUGGGGUGAAACUACCGUCCUAUUUCUAUUUCCCACGCAGGCUAGAGAAAAGGCUCCUGCUGUGAACUACCCGGCAGGCCUUCGCCUAACCCCGGAUUUGCUUUUUACUCCUUAACAAACCCAUGUAAGCGAUAAGAAGCAAACCGGACGGCUCUCUCUGGAACAUGCCCCGCUUGGCAUGAAGGCCAACGCGAGAAGAGGAGGAAACACGGAGUGCCUGGCUGGCCAGGCGUAGCCAGGAAGGAGGCAACUCCAACCGUGGACAGAAAACCUUCCCAAACCGUCAUUUUUCUGGCAGCUGAGACACGUGCUGAUUUUUCAUCAUUUUUAUUUCACAGCAUUUUGGAGCGUAACUCAGUUUUUGAGUGUCAUAGACCAGGGUACAUGGGCAAAGCUCACGUCGGCUGGAUCCUUCAGCUGGCGCUUCCACUCGCCAGUCGGCGCAAAGCCAUUCUGCAAAGGGCAAAAGACGCCGAGGUGGAGCCCAUUUCUCCAGGACACAAUUUCUGUUUCCCUCGAAGCACGUUGAGCUUCUGGAACGCCUCCACGUGAGGCUGCUGCCACACGAAGGCAGCAAAGCCCUGGAGCCCCCGGCAGAUGAGAAGGUUUUCUUGGGUCUAAACCCAGGUCGCUGCGACCUGCGGGGUGUCCGUCUCCCCCGCGAGUGGGUUCCCCCGACGCCCCUUUCUGCCUCCCUGCAGCACAUUUUUCUGUCCGCCAAGUUUUAAGGCAAGGAGAGGGAGGACUCAGUCCUAUAGUGCCAUCUCCUGACGCCCGCAUGGCUUCCUACCCCGCUCCGCACUACAGGGUGGGCAGCCUUACACAUUUCCUGGGCGCUGGGUUGCGCGUGCAGCACGGAAUUCAGAUCACAACACAAAAACUUCCGCACUGGAGCAGUUUUCCCAUGAUUACCAUCCCCUGCGAAGACACUAGAAGCCACCUGAAGAGGCCAGAGCUAGAAAAUACCACGUUUUCUCCAAACGGCUCGGGAGAUUAAACGAUCUACUUCACAAAUUUCUUUUGUCUCAUCAAAGGACCGUUAAGAAACAGGACCAAAACAUAAAGUUGUAAAAGAAAUGCUAAGGAUCUAUUCUUAGCAUUUGUACAGUUCGGGCUAAAGAGAGUUUGCAUCUCUGGAGCAAUGUAUAUUUGUUAAUACAGUGCUUUGAAUUCUUGAAUACUAAGUUAUC